ACCCUCAGCGACGCAUCCGGAAACGGAGGCGUGUACUGUGCAUUCCCGCUAGUUCCAGGAAGGCAGCGCGGGCAAUUUCGAGUCUGGCAGGCAAAUUUCAGUUAUCGGGUUCUGCAGAGUGAGGGGAGGCCAUGUCGCUUGCAUUGGAUGACUCGCAGUGGCCUGAACAUCUCGCGCCAUUGAAAGAAGUGGACAACUUGUUGCGCUGUGGGAUAUGCUUUGAUUACUUCAAUAUUGCAAUGAUCAUUCCCCAAUGUUCACAUAAUUAUUGUUCUCUCUGCAUACGCAAGACCUUAUCCUAUAAAGCUCAGUGUCCUACAUGUUGUGUGGCAGCUGUAGAGCCCGAUCUGAAAAACAACCGGAUGUUAGAUGACCUGGUAAAAACCUUUAAUUCUACAAGACAACAGUUAUUCCAGGUAGUUUUGGAUUCUCCAUCGGUUUCUCCUCCAGUACCUUUAACAAAGAAGGCUAUUGUCAAAGUCGAUGUUUUGAAUUCUUCAAGUGACUUUUCUUCAGGACAGGAUUUUACAAGUACCCUUUUAGUCAAAGAACAGACACCUAGAAGACCAUUCAAGACCUUUGUGAGGGGAAGUAAAAAGAUCAAAGUAAAGGAGGAAAAGGACCCCUAUGGUUUUGAAGAACACCAUACAACACUUAGUGAAGGAAAAUCAAACACAUGUGCUGAGGAAAGUACAAGACAACCUGAAACGCCCUCCACUUCAGCAACGAAAGUUAUCACAAAGGUGGAGUGUCCAGUCUGUGGGGUUCCUGUUCAUGGACUGCAUAUAAAUAAGCACCUUGAUAGCUGCUUGACUAGUGAUGAGAAGAAAGAGAGUCUCCGAAGCUCUGGACAAAAAAGAAGAUUCCUGCCUAAAGUGGUAUACAACUUACUUUCUGACCGAGAUCUGAGGAAAAGACUGAAGCAGCAUGGGCUAUCUACCCAGGGAACAAAACAACAACUGAUUAAAAGACACCAAGAGUUUGUUCAUAUGUAUAAUGCGCAAUGUGAUUCUUUAAAUCCCAAAUCAGUUGAAGAAAUAGUGAAGGAGCUGGAAAACAAUGAAAAGACUCGAGCACAGCUUGAAUCCAAGAUGGCUGGGAAAGACAGACUGACAUUUGCAAAUCACCUGGAGGAGAAUGAAAUUGAUGAAAUGCAUAGAGAUUACCGGAAGAAACACAAAGCUGAAUUUCAGCUCUUAAUUGACCAAAUGAAUAAGCGGAAGAAAAAAGGAAAUAAAACCAAAACAGAAGAAGAAGAACCACAGCAGAAAGAAACAGCAGCUGAAAAACCACCUUUAGUGCUUGGGGAAAAGCAGAGCGCUGCAGAACAUCCAGACCGGGACUUCCUUACAGAAGAGGCAGUCAAGAAGGAAACUCUGGAUUGUGUAAGAAGCCCAUCUCUUCAUUUGUCUGUAGCCAGAGGAUCAAUUCUUCCAUCCUCCUCCCACUCCUCUGGAUCCUCAAACAGCUCAAGUUCGGACAUCAUAAGAGAUUUGGAAAUUGCUGGGAUAUGUUCAGGCUCAUCAGAUAACAACAGUUUGCCAGAUGUGAAGAGGACCAAGCAAAAAUCAAGAGACUGUAGAAGCAGUUCAUUACAGUCCAGGAGUAAGCGAAGAAAAGUGUAGCAAAAUAAAUGUAAAUAUUCCAUUCUCUUCUAACUUUGUUCAGUGGUCUUGAAUCAUUACUAUGGAAAUUACUAAAAUAUACUGAUUUCUUCCAAAGUCUCUGGCAAUAAACCUUCCUGUCUUAAACUCAUUAACUUGGAAGUAUAUUCUGGUAACACCACUUGUAAGUAAAUAUGCUUUAGAUCACAGCUGUAGCUGUUUAUCUGUAAUUGUUUAAAGUUCUGAAACAAGCUUAUGUCUUGUUUUCACUUUUCAUUAAAGAUACUUUCAUACAAUAUUGGUGGCUUUUGAUAUUAAGAAUGCAUACUUGUUAGCUAUGUAAUCUUCAUUCCUACUUUUCAGUUCUCUCUGUCUCCCUGUUCCCUACCAACCUUUCCUAUGUCAUAUUGAUUGAGAUAGCUUGGGAAAGUUGAACUCUGCAGCACUUAUAAGCAGCCCAUAAUUUGCUUGCCUAUGGAGAAGAGAACCAUAAUUCAUACACAGCUUUAAAAUACUUGAUUUAAAUAGUUCAUUUUGUGUAAUGGUAAGCACAAACUUUGAAGACCUUAGGAAAUGCUUGGAAUAAAUAAAAGUUCUAAAUUAUAA